AUGUCUGAAAUUCAAAACAAAGCUGAAACUGCCGCCCAAGAUGCCCAACAAAAGUUGGAAGAAACCAAAGAAUCUUUACAAAACAAGGGCCAAGAAGUAAAGGAACAAGCCGAAGCUUCUAUUGAUAACCUGAAGAAUGAAGCCACUCCAGAAGCCGAACAGGUGAAGAAGGAAGAACAAAACAUUGCUGACGGUGUCGAACAAAAGAAGACAGAAGCUGCCAACAAAGUUGAAGAAACUAAGAAACAAGCUUCCGCUGCUGUCAGCGAGAAGAAGGAAACCAAGAAGGAGGGCGGUUUCUUGAAGAAAUUGAACCGUAAGAUUGCCUCUAUUUUCAACUAG